AUUCACCGCACAUCUAUACCACGUGUUCGCGAACAGCCAAUGUCCAUCGCUCACAGCGUUUGAUACAGCGCACUACUUAACUCGUCCGAGCUACUCCCUUGUCCCCUCAUCUCCCCCAUCUCCCACACCCGCCACGCCAGACAACAACCGCCGCCCGAGCUAGCCCCGCACCGCCCUUGUUCGCCUUUUGGCAAUCUUCCGACCCCGGGAUGUCGGACUCGUCAACUUUCGACGCCCUCAUAUCUGAGCUCACUCGCGACGCCCAGCGCGUCCAACCAAAGGAUACCCUCCAGUGGUGUGCGAACUGGUUUCAGACCCGACUCCAAGAGCAACGCGCACGCGCUCGCGACGUACUCUCCCGCCACUCCACCCUUGCGUCCGGCCUACCCGAAGAUCACUACAUGGAUACACCGCUGAGUCCAACCGCAGGCGGGCCUACGAGCGUAUCCCCCUUCUCCCACUCAAAUGCUCAGGCCUUUGACAAACCAAGGAAGUCGAUGUUCAACGGGAGGACCACUCCGAGCCCGUUCGGCACACUCAAUGUUCCUGGAAACGCCCUCCUACCGGACAACAACGGCACAUUGACCCCCGUGAGUCCUCCCAGCUUCCAGUUCGAGGGCGAGGACGUCGCUCCGACGACACCCAUCUCGGCGCCGAACCCUUUCGCCUCGUUCGCGAACGGCUCCGGCUUCAACUUCAACCCCGAUCCCAGCCCUGGCGACUUCCUCCACCCGCCCACCGCCACAAUCCUGGCGCGGCGCACCUCCGUCAGCGCAGAAUCGAUCCCUGUUGACAGCGAAACGUAUGAGCCCCUGCCGGUGUUCCCGAAGUCGGAUGAUCAGUUGCGGCGCAUCCGCACAUCAAUUGCGAACAACUUCAUCUUCCGCGAUCUCGACGAGGAGCAGGAGACUGGCGUGCUGAACGCGAUGCGCGAGUGCCGCGUCGUCGAGAACGAGGUCGUGAUCCGCCAGGGCGACGUCGGCGAGUACUUCUACGUCGUCGAGAGCGGGCUGCUGCACUGCUACAUCCGACCGGAGCCGCUCCCGCCCGCAUGGCUGAGCGGGCCACUAUCGAACGCGGAGAAGUUCACGCAGUCCGGAUACCACGCCGAGUUCGGGAAGAAGGUCGCGGAGUGCGCCGAGGGCAGCUCGUUCGGCGAGCUCGCGCUCAUGUACGGGCACCCCCGUGCGGCGACCGUGCUCGCGAUGGAGCCGUCCACGCUCUGGUCGCUGGACCGCAUCACGUUCCGCACGAUCAUCCUCAAGGCGGCGCAUCGGAGACGCACUAUGUACGAGCAGUUCCUCUCGUCGGUCGACCUGCUUGCGUCCCUGGAGCCGGAAGAGCGCAGCAAGAUCGCGGACGCGCUCGUGAGCCGGAUCUACGAGGACGGAGAGCCGGUCGUCCGUCAGGGCGAGAUGGGCGACACGUUCUUCUUUGUGGAGGAGGGGAACGCCGUCGUCACCAAGGCCGCACCCGAUGGCAGUGGGUCUGAGGUUGUAGGGCAACUGAAAAAAGGCGAUUACUUCGGCGAGUUGGCAUUGCUGCGGCUGGAACCGCGUGCCGCGACGGUGAGCGCAGUCGUGCGGAACAGCCCUUCCGCCCCGCGAUUGAAGGUGGCUGCGCUGGAUGCGCACGCGUUUACGCGACUGCUCGGGCCGCUACGCGAGAUCAUGGAGCGCAACGCCGGGCAGAGUUACGGGAUCAACUCGCGGAGGUGAAGCGGAUACCCCGGAAAACUUUCGUUCUGUGCUGUAUUGGGUAUGUUGUUUUCGAUCUUGCACUGUCUCUGCUGCUGUAUACCGACGAGUCCAGUCUCGCGAUGGAUUUUGAAUUUGUAUCUUGCGUGUAGCUUAUGUAACUAGCGGUCGUCAGACGAAAUU